AAGAUUUUCAGGCUUUCAUUUUCUGUUUAGGAAAUAGAAAGUAUCUGGGAAAUGUUAAAUAAUAAUAAUUAAUAAUGUAUUGAAAAUAUAUAUGACCGAAAAUUUUUUUUAAAAUUUAAAAAUAAUAAAUAAUAUUAGUUUGAGAGUAGGAAAUAUUUGUGUAAAGCUUCAGAAGGAAAUUAAUGAAAUCAAUGUAUAAUGUCGAAAUCUGUUAAAAACGAAAAGAGUCAACAAUUAUUUGGAGGUUUCAGCGAUUUUGAUGGAGAUUCUUUACCAGAUUUUGAUGAAUUUGAUUCGGAAUCAGUAACAUUAGACUAUUUUAGAGAAAGUUCUCGAAGACCAUCAUCAUCGAAAAUGGCCCCAACAACCACAAUUGAAACUAUUACUAUAACUAGGCCAUUGAAAGUUAUUGCUUUCAUUUGUGGAAUAAUUGUUAUUGUAUUAAUGAUAAUGGCUUUAGCAUCCACAGACUGGCUAAUGGCAGCAGGUUGGAGACAAGGUCUUUUUGUUCAUUGUAUAGAAGAGGAUAUUGUUCCACCAUUACCAUUUAAUUUGCAUGAUCCUCCAGGAUGUUAUCCUAGUAGGGAUGUGGCAUACAUAAAAGCAACGGCCGCAUUAUGCAUAAUUACUUUAUUUACUGAUGUAAUUGCUACAGUGUUGACUGGGUUAGGACUUAAAACUCAAAACCAUAACUUAAAGUACACAUUUUACAGAGUUGCGGUACUUGUAAUGUUAUUAUCAUUACUAUCAGUUUUAAUUGCACUUAUAUUAUAUCCAGUUUGCUUUGCCGCAGAACUUAAUUUAGGAAAUCGUCCUAUUUGGGAAUUUGGAUGGGCUUAUGGUGUUGGGUGGGGCGCAGCCAUCUUUCUAUUUGGUGGAGUAGUACUGCUAUUAUGUGACAAAGAAUCUGAAGAAAUUUAUUACAAGGAAAGAAAAAUUGUACAUGAAAAUCAAAUGCGCGCCUAGGCCAGGCCGCACGACCUGCCUGACGUCGUUUUAUAGAUAUAAAUACAAAUAUAAGCUAAAAUAUUACAUUAAUCUAUAAGAUAUUUUUUUUAUAACCCGAAAAAAAAGAAGUAUAUUGUAUACAUAUAAACUCAAAGAUAAUAUCGCAAUUAAAAUUUUUCGACAAAAAAAAAUUACAAAAAAAGUGAAAAAAUAACUUUGAAAUUAAUUUUUACUAAAUAUUUAUUAAAAGUAUAUGAUGAAAUAUAUACCAAAAAGAUAUAUACAUUUAUAUAAAUUUCAAAUUUUUUUAUUCAAAUAUACAAAUAAAAAAAAAAUAAAAAAAAACUCAGCUCUAUAAACUUAUAAAAUUUAAAUCCCUUUAUUUAUUCUAUUUAUAAUAUUUUCAAGAUAUUUUUUUAUAGGUAUAUAUUAUUUUGAUAUUAUUUUGCUUAUUGUUUUUUAAAAUUUGCGUAAUUUUAAUAGUUUUAUUGAUAUUAUUUAGAAACUUUUGUCCUGUUAUUUUUUUUAUUAAUGUGAACUUAAAUAUGAAAGUUUGUUUUUUUUUUUUUAUUUAAUUAAGGGAGUAAAACCUCAAUAAAAUGUAAUAGUCAUACGUACUUUAUAAAAAAAAAUAAAUUAAGAGCAAAGAGAAAACCAAUAAUUCGUUCGACAUUUAAAAUUCUUACAAUAUAUGUACAUAUAACAAUGUUUUUUUUCUACAAAUAAAUUUGUAUUUUAAUUAUUGCAAUUUAGUUAUAA